AUGUUCCGCUCAACCCUCGCCCUGUACGAGCUCGCUACCAUUCCUCCUAACCAGCGGUGCACAUCGCGAGCCACUCCUCAACGACUUUCGGAACGCUAUACGAGCGUCAUCAUCUAUGCACGCUCGUAUCCGUCUGCCCUAGACCGGAUACCGUUGUGGCGCGGUUUCUUCCAUCCGCUGAAGAGGGGUUGCCUCACAAUUAUCCGGACACUAUGGGCGCGACACCCCGUGGAUCCGGUGACGGACAAACCGUCUACGCCUACCAGAAAAUUCGAGCCUAUGAGCACCAUCCAAGGCGCCACGCAACUGCGGAGUGGUGGAAGGUUCUGGGAUCAAGAGGUCGACGAGACAGUUCAGCAUGACGACUUCAGCUCUUGGGAUCAAGAGGUCGCCGAGACGAUUCAAUCUGCCGACUGCUCGGAACAAAAGAUGACCGCACUCAAGGCCCCGGAAUUGAUGAAGACGCUUGCGGAAUGCAUCACGGGUAGUGGCUGCCAGUGGGACGACUGCUUUGACGUCGGGACGAAUACCGACUCGUCACCGUCAGGCGAGGAGAAUCUGUCACCCAUGGCGGAUACAGUCGAUCUGGCGGCACUGUUUCCCGCAGUGUUGCAGACAGAAGAGCCUCCGUCUGAAUCAGAUGUGGCACUAGGGCCGGCCCUCCCAUAA